UGCUUCUACGGGCACACACUGCUCGUGAGCAGCCAUGGCAGAGUAAGUCAGCGACACUGUAAGGUUAUUGUUUUGAGAAGAAGAACACGGUGAGUGCACGGGAGGCUGUGGAAGAUGCAGAACGUCAUUAACACGGUGAAAGGCACCGCGCUGGGAGUGGCGGAGUUCCUCACUCCUGUGCUGAAGGAAUCUAAAUUCAAAGAGACUGGAGUCAUUACACCAGAGGAGUUUGUAGCAGCUGGAGAUCACUUGGUCCACCAUUGCCCAACAUGGAAAUGGGCUGCAGGAGAAGAGGUGAAGGUGAAGCCAUAUUUGCCGCAGGAUAAACAGUUCCUCCUGACACGCAAUGUUCCCUGUUACAAGCGUUGUAAACAGAUGGAGUAUUCAGACGAGCUGGAAGCCAUCAUAGAGGAGGAUGAUGGAGACGGAGGAUGGGUGGACACUUACCACAACUCAGGUGUGUUAGGAGCCACAGAAGCUGUACGAGAGAUUUCUCUGGAUAAUAAUAAGGACACCAAUAUGAACGCCAAAUCUGCAUCCUGUGGUGCUGCUGCUGCUGAUGAUGAUGAUGAAGAUGAAGAUGAAGAUGGAGAAGCAGCAGACAUGGAAGGUAUUCAUAUCUCACUCAUAUCCAUGGUAAAGAAGCAACCUGACACAGGUUGCAGUGCAAAUCAUGAUGCCCUUCAUAUUGUCUUUUCAGAAUAUGAGGAAAGCGGCCUGUUGGAAACAGAUGAGGCGACCCUGGACACCAGAAAAAUGUUAGAAACAAAACCCAAAGCAGAACCUGGGAGUGAAGAUGACAUCCUUCAGACUAGAACAUAUGACCUGUACAUCACAUAUGAUAAAUACUACCAGACCCCUCGACUCUGGCUGUUUGGAUAUGAUGAAGACAGGCAACCACUGACUGUAGAACAGAUGUACGAGGAUAUCAGUCAGGAUCAUGUGAAGAAGACGGUCACUAUCGAGAACCACCCAAAUCUUCCUCCACCCGCCAUGUGCUCCGUCCACCCCUGCAGACACGCUGAAGUGAUGAAAAAGAUCAUCGAGACAGUGGCAGAAGGAGGAGGAGAGCUCGGCGUGCACAUGUAUCUUCUGAUUUUCCUCAAAUUCGUUCAGGCCGUCAUUCCUACAAUAGAAUAUGACUACACGAGACACUUCACCAUGUAGCUUCAUCAGUGUGCAGCUUCAUCUAUUUUAACAUCUUGUACAUGGGAAAAGAUGGGAGAUUAUAUAUGUGGUCUGCUCAGGUUGCCGCCGGCUUGGGGAGUGUUUGUGUUACUCUGAGAGACUUUGUGUUGGUGCAGGACACGGUUCAAGGCAUGUUUCCAUUAAAGGAACAGUCUGAUGUUUUGGGACACGGGCUUGUUUUCCAUUAACAAAAGUCAGAGAAGGAAAUUAACUUACGUUCCAUCAGUUUGUGUCCAGUACAGAGAUGUGUUUUGUCUAAACAGUUUCAUAUUGUAUCUUUUUAUUUAACGUACAGAUAUGGAUAUGUUUACACUGUGUUCUUCCCACUUGUGAUAAAGCUGAUUAGACUAACCACAUCCUAAACUUAUCUCUGUACCAGACACAUAGAGAUGAAACUAACAUCCUGACUCUGCUUGAAGACUCCAGACAAGGCUGUGUCCUUAAAGCUGAAAUGUUCCUCUGAUAUUUCUCUGCAGGUUUAAUGUGACCUCUGCACGGUGACCUCUCACCAAGUUCUUGUUGAGAAGAUUAUAAAACUCACCCCAUUCCGCACUUAUACUUCCCUGCUUCAGAAAACAAAUGAGCCCUAGUUGUCCAAAGUGUCUGUCCCUUGAGUUUGUUUUUGCCUGUUAACACAGCCAAUAAGCACAGAGCAUUAACUUUGCUGUGUCCAAAUGAUGAAUGUAAGUCCAGGACUCCCUUUGCUUUUAGCUCUGUUUGGUCUCCAACACACCCUGAAGGAAUUAUCUGGCUUUUAGCUGCUAAAUGCUCCACCAUGUUUCACCAGCUGCUCUCAAAUUGUGUCUGUCUGCUGUUUGCUGCUAGGCAGGUGGUGGACAGUGGCUCUUUUUCCCAAAAAAUAAUCCUGUAACAGCAAAACUUAUGGGUCAGGACACACACAACCAGAAAUAAUCAGAUACAAAUCCUUUAGAUCGGUGGAUUUGGACGGUUACGCAUGUAAUUGCAUUCACAUGGGAAAAAUGUUGUGUUUUUCUGAAUUAACGAAAUUAUUAUUUCAGAAUGCUGAGACAAGUUUUCAUACAAAACACAGCUCUUGUUUUUAUGAAUUAAUGAGAUCCAACCUCCUAAGAGAACCUCUAAUUUAUCCAACUUUGAGAGAUAUUGAGAGAUAUGUGUAUUUAAAUAAUGCUAAUGGCAUUGUUAUGUUUGUCGGCUUUCCAUGAAUUUCGUUUGGCAGUAUCCUGAUGUGAUAAUUCAAAAGAUUUAUAGUUUAUAGAUAUUCUAGUCAUUCUGAGAUAAUUGUUUUGUUAAUUCAGAACACACACGCACACAUAUAUAUGUAGAAUCUGACAGCAGCAUUGAUGAAAGAUUCUUGAUUCUUGAUAAUUGUUCCCAUGCUUUACUGCAGUGAUUAUUAUUGCUUCCAUUUUAAUGCUCUUUGCAGGAUUUAUCGUCAUCCGCUCUUCAUGCCAGUUUGUCUUAAAUCUUCAUUCUCUGAAUGUGUUGACGGACAGUUUUCUCACCUCUGCAGCUUGUGUGGGAUCAGUGAGACAUGUUUUCAGCCCUGCUUGUUCAGGUGUGAUGUAUCACCACCUACUGUGUCUGUACAGACUGUGACCUCAGAUGUGCUGCAAUAUCACAAAACAACCAGAUUUGUCAGUGAACAUCUGUAAACCCUGUCGUUCAUCAGAUUGUGGAUUAUAAUCUGCAUUUGGCUCAUUAUAUUGACAUGUUUCUGACAGCUCUUACUCAACUAAAUACAUUAAUGAGCUUCAGUGAUUCCUGCUUUUAUUUCCUCGUCUGUUGGUUGGAUAAAAUACUCUCUCUGUACUGUCUGUUGCUCCAGUGUCCAGAUCUAACAUGCUCCGUGGUAACACUUGAACAUUUUAAACUAAUGCACAUUUAUCAAUAAAGAGUUUCCCAAAUAUU